AAAUAAACAAUAUGGCGUUGCUCCAAUUACAGUAGAUAGAAUGAUAGAUGAUAGAUCUAUUCUAUAAUCAUAAUGAUAAUCAUAAAAGACCGUAAGAUAAAAAAAAAAUAAUUAUUAACUGAUAAAUGAAUGUGGUUUGACAACCAUGAGGCGUUCAGCAGCACCCAGUCGAGUUGGCCUUGAAGGAUUGGUUGCUAAAAAAGCAAAAUUUAGUUCACCAUCUUUGAAAUCUGAUUUACUAAGUAACACGCAAAAUGUAUCUCCUACAAUAAGUUCCCAGAAUACCACUUUGAAAACUGUUCAAGAUAACAAUGCAUUGUCAUCUUCAACACUCUUUAGUCUUGGUGCAAAGUUAAGGACAAACUCAGAGCAUCCUGAGGAAGUGAAGAGAGAUAUAACCACAGUGACAAUGUUGGCUUGUAUGCCCUUAAAAACAGUGAAUCAUGAAGACAAUUUUGACUUUCAACAUAUAAAUUCUGGAUUCAGUCCACAAAAGGCUCCAACACCAGAGAUUGAUUUGAAUAAAGACUCAAAAUUGUACACUGCUAGAACUGGUACAAUGUCAAGCCUACAUAGACAACCUACUAGCAGCAAUGUUCCAGAUGUGACAUCAACUCCUGGGUCCAAAUAUUUCCAAGUUGUUUGGUGCAAACUGUCAAAGAAGAAACACAAAAAGUGGGAAGGAGAUGCUGUACUUGUUGUAUCAGGGCGUUCUGCCACACUGUAUGACACUGAAGGGAAAGUUAUUGGUCGUGGCAGUGGAUAUAAAGUUGCUCAAUUGGAAUCAUUGUCUGAAAGUAAUAUGUUAGUAGUAGCAGGGAAAGAGGUUGAAGUUUUGUCUGUGAUAAAAGAAGAAGAUUUCAAAUCAGGUAAAUGUUUCAAUGCUACAGGAGUGGAUACAAGUUCUUCAGUUACACCUGUAACAUUCAAUCCGACAGUUUCUAAAGGGAUUCCCAAACCUUUCAUCAGCCCCCUUUUAAAGUCUUCCAGUGACUGUCAACCUGUAUCAAAAGAUGUUUCAGAGAAGCUGCCAACUCAACCAAAGUAUGAUCCUAACUUACCAGGAGCUUUAGUCCUGCCUCAACCCAGUGCAGAAUAUCAGUGGAAGUAUAACCAACAAGGUCAGCCAGUUGUUGAUGUUGUGGUGGAUCCUUACCUCUCCAGCAGUUUAAGAAACCAUCAGAGGGAGGGUGUGGUGUUCUUGUAUGAAUGUGUUAUGGGCAUGAGGAACUACCAAGGUCAUGGAGCUAUUCUGGCUGAUGACAUGGGCCUAGGAAAGACAUUGCAGUGUAUAACACUUAUUUGGACAUUGUUGAAACAAGGACCAUUUGGAGGCAGACCUGUAGUGAAGAAGGUCUUAGUGGUGACUCCAGGAAGCCUAGUUAAGAACUGGUUUCUUGAGUUCAAAAAAUGGCUGGGUCUGGAGAGAUUAAAUGUGUUUGCUGUGUCAGGCGAUAAGAAACCAGAGGAGUUUGUAAAAUCCAAUAAGUAUCCAGUCCUGGUGAUAUCCUAUGAAAUGUUUGUACGAUGCUCUGAGAUUCUUACGGAUGUGAACUUUGACCUGAUUAUCUGUGAUGAAGGCCACCGUUUGAAAAAUACUGCAGCCAAGACUACUGCUAUAAUGAUGGGACUACCGUGCAAGAAAAGAGUUGUUCUGACUGGUACUCCUGUCCAAAAUGACCUCCAAGAGUUUUAUUCUAUUGUACAGUUCUGUAAUCCUGGACUUUUGGGAACAACAGCUUCAUUCAGACGAAUAUAUGAAGAACCUAUCGUUACUUCUCGUCAGCCUGAAGCCUCAUUGGAGCAGCAAGAGCUUGGCUCAGAGAGAGCCCAAGAGCUGACUAGGCUUACUCAAAUGUUUGUUUUAAGAAGAACUCAAGAGGUCAAUAAUGACUAUUUGCCUCCAAAAGUUGAACUGGUUCUCUUCUGCCAGCCAUCCGCCCUGCAGGUGAGCUUGUACAGACAACUGCUUCACUCUCAGCUUAUCAGGAGGUGCCUGUUAGGUAACUUGUCAGGCUCUCCGCACCUGUCCUGCAUCAGCGCCCUCAAACAGUUGUGUAAUCACCCAAGUCUGCUGUACCGAAAGGCCUUGGAAGCAGAGGGAAAGUCUUCAAGGGAUGGGGAGGUUUCUAUAUAUGAUGGGCUCCUGACUUAUUUUUCUGAUAAUUUUGAUGCAGAACGUUUUAGUUGUGAUGAUUCUGGUAAAAUGGUGGUACUGUCUGGUCUUCUGGCCGCAAUAUUCAGACAUUCCUGCACAGAAAAAGUGGUUUUGGUCUCAAACCACACAAAGACUCUGGACUUUCUGCAAAUUUUCUGUGAUGCUUCUGGUUAUAAAUACCUGAGACUUGAUGGCACAACACCAACUGGUCAGAGGCAGGAUCUUGUGUCCACUUUCAAUAAUAAGUUUUCUCAACAAAGAAUUUUCCUCUUGAGCUCCAAAGCUGGUGGAGUGGGUUUGAAUCUCAUUGGUGCUUCUCGUUUGAUUCUAUAUGAUAUUGACUGGAAUCCAGCUAAUGAUAUACAAGCCAUGGCCCGAGUCUGGAGAGAUGGACAGAAAGGAAGAGUCUAUAUCUACAGAUUGAUUACAACUGGCACAAUAGAAGAGAAAAUGUACCAACGACAAAUUACAAAACAAGGACUGAGCGGAGCAGUCAUGGAUAUGAACACUAAGAACAAUGUCCAAUUCUCUCUUGAAGAUCUUAAGGAUUUGUUUUCCCUGAAUGAGAUGACAGACUGUGAGACCCACAGUCAACUGGGAUGUCAGUGUAAGGGGAGCCCAGGAUUUACUCAGGUGCAGAAAGUGAUGGCUCAGGAGGAUGAGGAAAAUGAACGAGAUUGUCAACUUGGAAAAUCAUCAAAGUCACACAAGGUCAAGGCCAAUUUAACAAUGGGAGAACUAUUACAAUGGCAACACUGGAGAGGAGAAUAUGCUGGGGAUAUAAGUAGCUGGUACCUUGAUGGCGUAGGAGAAACUCUGUCAUUUCUAUUCUGGCACCAGACGUCUGCUGAGAUUCAGCUGGUCUAGAACAUUUGUUUUUGUCCUAUUUUAGUUGUACAGAAAUGUUAGUGAAAUAAAGCCCUAAUAAAAGUGUAAAUAGUUUUGAUGGAAGGAGUUAUGGCUUGGCUUAUUAUUCAUUAUGUAAAAUAAUGUAAAAAUUAAAGGAUUCUGAUGAUGACAAUCAAAAGUCAGUUAAUUCUUUUUCUAAAAGCUGUAGAAUGUUAUGCAUUAGCAAAUGAUCUACGAUGAUGUAUCAAUUAAAGUCAGGUUUAAGCUUCUAUGCUUUUUCUCUGCAUUUAAAAUGUUCCUUAUGAUAAAUUUUGUAUUGCGAUGUUAAUAUUCCAUUGUAAAUAUAGAAAUAAAAGCAAUUUAAAAAUUA